CUUGUGGGACCAACGUGUGCAGGCAGAGCCUCGAGACGCCGCUCGCUCGUUCACUCACUCACUCAGCGCUGCCGUGAUGUUGACACUGACACUGAGACAGCUCGCCCGGCCCCUGUGCCAGCGUGGCCCUGCAGCAUUGAGCACAGGCCUGAGGUGGCAGCACUCUGCAGCUGCUCGAGCAGCUGAGCAUGACAGGCCCUGGACCGGACAAGACAGUCUGGCUCAAGAUGACCCCGAGAUGUGGGACCUGUUGCAGAAAGAGAAAGACAGACAGUGUCGUGGCCUGGAACUCAUUGCCUCAGAGAAUUUCUGCAGCAGAGCAGCUCUUGAGGCCCAAGGCUCCUGUCUCAAUAACAAGUACUCAGAAGGCUACCCAGGAAAGAGGUAUUAUGGUGGUGCAGAGGUUGUGGACCAGAUCGAACUGCUGUGUCAGAAGCGGGCUCUGGAGGCUUUUGAUUUGGAUCCAUCACGCUGGGGUGUCAACGUGCAGCCCUACUCAGGCUCCCCUGCCAACUUUGCUGCUUACACUGCUGUCCUCAAGCCCCAUGACCGUCUGAUGGGCUUGGACCUGCCUGAUGGAGGACAUCUUACCCAUGGCUACAUGUCUGACGUGAAGCGUAUCUCUGCUACCUCUAUCUAUUUUGAGUCCAUGCCCUACAAGCUCAAUCCUAAAACAGGUCUAAUAGACUAUGACCAGAUGGAGACGACUGCAAAGCUGUUCAGGCCCAAGCUGAUCAUUGCUGGCACCAGUGCCUACGCCCGCCUCAUUGACUACGCCCGCAUCAAGAAGCUGUGUACAGAGUUAAAUGCGUAUCUGCUGGCAGACAUGGCCCACAUUAGUGGCCUUGUGGCUGCUAAAGCUAUUCCCUCUCCAUUUGAGCACGCUGACCUUGUCACCACUACCACACACAAAUCCCUCAGAGGAGCCAGGGCUGGGUUAAUAUUCUAUCGGAAAGGCGUUCGCUCGGUGGACAAGAAAGGUGCUGAAGUCAAGUAUGACCUUGAGGACAAGGUCAAUUUCUCAGUCUUCCCCUCGCUUCAGGGUGGACCCCACAAUCACGCCAUCGCUGGGGUCGCUGUAGCUCUCCGACAGGCCAACACCCCAAUGUUCAGAGAGUAUAUUGCACAAGUCAUAAAGAAUGCGAAGUCCAUGGCCAAUGCUUUGCUGAAGAAAAAUUACACUCUUGUGUCAGGUGGGACUGAUAAUCACCUGGUGCUGGUAGAUUUGAGGCCUCAGGGAAUGGACGGUGCUCGAGCAGAGAGGGUUCUGGAGCUUGUUUCCAUCACUGCUAACAAAAACACCUGCCCAGGGGACAAGAGCGCAAUUACACCAGGAGGCCUCCGACUAGGUGCCCCUGCGCUGACAUCUCGGCAGUUCAAAGAAGCAGACUUCGAACAGGUUGUGGAAUUUAUGGAUGAAGGCUUCAAAAUCGCUUUGGACGUCAAGAAAAAGACCAAAAAGCUAGCCGAAUUUAAGAGUUUCCUGCUGGAGGAUCCAGAGACAGUGGCCCGCAUCGCUGACCUGCGGCACCGUGUGGAGGCUUUUGCCCGGCCCUUCCCAAUGCCAGGCUUCCAUGACCACUAACUACUAAGUUGACUAAGAGACAGACAAGCAGACAGUGAGCGAGAAACAGUGGUGAAUCUACACACCCACGUAGGAGCCUUGCAGCUUUUUGCAGCAAAGUAAACAGUAAGAAGAAGGUGAUUAGUUUCAGACAGUAUUUUGAGCCUUUGUUUAUCAGGCACCUUGUUGGUAAAUGCAGAAAGUGAGGUGUUGGUAAAUGCCAUGGAGGAUAUAUAUGUGGUCAUCAUGCACGAUUAUGCUGAACCAAUGAACAAAUCAAUUUAUUAACUCCAAUGUCUUAAAGUCUUGAAGAGGCCAGUAGUGCAAACAUACAGUUCUGCAUUCUGAAAGCUUUCUUGUUUCAGCAUAUUUUUCUGAAACAAGUGGCAGCAGGCUCACAUUCAGAAUAACACGAGCAGUGGUUUAACAGUCACAACUGAUGUGUAACUGAUGGGAUGUCCAAAUAUUGUGGCUCUGUGAUCUAGAUUUUAUAAUGCUGGAGUUCCAAGUAGAACAUGCUUAAUCAGUUGAAUUGAGCUGAUAUUAAUUGAUGGACUUGCCAAACUAAAACUGUGAAGCACAAUUUGGACAAUUCUAGUUGUAGUAGUAGUAUUAAUUAAGGUCUGGAACUGUUGUAGACUAACAACAAUUCAUGUCUUGGAUUUAUUUUUUUUUUUCUUUCUUUUUAAUUUAGAAAUUAACAUUACAUUGCGAACAAGUUGUGUUAAGAACAAAACUGAUUUAAACUGAUCCUUGCACUACAUUGGCACUCAUUGUGUUUACAGAUCAUUUUUCACCUCUCAUGUCUUAAUAUUAACCUGCAGAACAAAUGAGUUAUUUUCUUUUUCACCCUAACAACUGCUGCUGCACUCAAACUAAGAAAAAAAAAUACAUUAAUUGUUAUUUAUAUAGGAAAACUAAAACGCACAUAUGUUUCAAACUUAGAGUCUAAUAUAAGUAAGAGCUUAUGAUGGAAGUCAUUAAUGAAUUGUGGAGUAUGUAAAUGGAGCUUAAGAUAACAUGGGAAAUGGGAGUCUUGCCCAAUGUAGUACAGGUACUUUGUUUAACUGUUGAAAUGUAUUGUUACUAGAUAUGUUUUGGUUAAUUAACCUACUUACCACCCACCCCUCACUAACUCAGUUGGUUUUAGGGGAAAAUAAAUGUGAAAAUGUAAUGAUAUAAUGAUAAUCCUGACCAAACGUUAUAAGGUACUGAUGAAAUAGUCUGAGGGUAAGAGAUAGAUAUUUUUGAUGUACGCGUCUUGUUUUCUCCAUGUCCACCAGCAAAGCCUACAGUAGCCUCUGGUUUCCCCCUUAAAGGAGAACUCCGGUGUCAAAUGGACUUGGGGUGUUGUGAUAGCCCACCUCCAUGCCCUGUGCACUUUCAAAGCUCUCAUUGUAAGCAUGUUGGGAGCAUUCGGCUAAAAACGCUGUGUUGCAGAAUGCUGGGGGUAAACGGAAGUGAGCUAUUUGACAAAAGUAUGUACUCAUUAUCAUGUUUUACUACAAUCCAAGUCCAUUUUACAUCAGCUUUUACCUUUAACUCUAGUCUAUCACUCUCCAGAAUGCUGCCUAAGAGACAUUUUUAUCUGUAAAGUUUUUUAAACUGACCUUUACAACCUUUAUAAGUGUACAAUUUUGUAAGAAAAUCUAAUCCCAAUAAACAUGUGCAGUAAUUAAA